AUGGCCGCGAAACAGAUACCGGUGUGGCUGGACUGCGACCCGGGCCACGAUGACGUCUUUGCCAUUCUUCUGGCAGCCUACCACCCAUCGAUCCGGCUGCUGGGCAUCUCGACCGUGUUCGGGAAUGCGUCGCUGAAACACACGACCUGGAACGCGACGUCUGUGCUGACGGCCCUUUCCAAGGAGGAGGAUGUGUCGGUCUACGAGGGUGCAGCACAGGCGCUGGUGCGGCGACCACUGCGAGAGCCGGCAGCCGACAUCCACGGCGAGACGGGUCUGGACGGCACGGCGCUGUUGCCUCAGCCACUGCGGCGGCCGGCCGACGACGUGAGCGCAGUUGAGGCUAUGGCACGUGCUCUGAUGGUCGAGCCGGCCGGAACAGCCUGGCUUGUGGCUACGGGCACGCUGACUAACGUGGCCGCCAUGUUUGCAACGCAUCCGACGCUCGUCGAGCACAUUGCCGGCCUCUCCAUCAUGGGCGGCGCCAUCGGCGACGGCUUCACGGCGGCUGUGGCUGGCACCGUCAACGGGAGACCGCGCAUCGGCAACACGACGCCCUUUGCCGAGUUUAAUAUUCUGCUGGACCCCGAGGCUGCUGCGGCGCUGCUGCACAACCCCCGGCUCGCCCGCAAGACCACGCUGAUCCCGCUCGACCUGACGCAUCUCGUGCUUGCCACAGCAUCCGUGCAGGACCUGCUGCUGCACGGGCCUGAGAGUGUCGGCAAGGAGGCCAGCAGCAGCAAGGCCGGCGGCAAGACCACCCUGCGCACCAUGCUGGUAGAGCUGCUCAACUUCUUUGCCGACACGUACAAGAACGUGUUUGGCAUCGUCGAGGGUCCCCCCCUACACGACCCGCUGGCUGUGGCGGCCGUGCUGAUCGGCACCGCGGCUGAGAUCCCGUUCUACGACUACACGGACGACGACAGGUCCCGCCACGAACGCUUCGACGUGCGCGUCGUCACCGACGGAACCAGCGAGGAGGCGCUUGCUGGCACGACCGAGACCGGCCGCACGGUGGCGCGGCUGCUGGAACCUGGAGCCGAGGGCGUGCGCAUCCCACGCGGCCUGGACAUCCCGAUGUUUUGGCGCGUCAUCGAAGAAUGCUGCACGCGGGCAGACGCUGCCAACGCCGAAAAGGGACGCAGCUGA